AUGAUGGAUUUUAAAAACAAUUCUCGCUCUUUUACAAACCGCCGAGAUUUGCGGUCACGUGACAUGACACCCCCGCGAGGAGCUUCGAAAGAACCGAAAGACACGCAUGCGUCCAGCUCCUCAGAAUCGUCCGUCAAAAUGGCGUUAACUUGUAAAGUUCAGUAUUUGGACGAUACGGAUCCGUUUGCCAGCACAAAUUUUCCUGAGCCAACACGGCCUCCGACGUAUACGUUUCACUUAAAUAUUCCACUUUUCCAGCAAAUCGCCGGCCUUCAUCGAUUGUUAUCAGCGCCUCACAGUGUACGCCGCUUAUUUUGUUGUUUACGUCUUCAGCUGAGCUUGGAAUAUUUUUCUUGAGUUGUUAGGUGUUUUCGUUCGAUGUGUUUUUAAUGAUUCUGGUCAUUUGUUGGUAUAGAUCGAUGAUGUAGCUUUGCAACUGUCGCAUAACGGAUGUUACUUGGACUUAGAAAGCUCGCUUGAGGAACAAGCCGACAUGUUGGAGGGAUUUUUAGACAGGUUUGAGAAGGCUUGCUUUUAUUUUAGCUCAAGCUUAAUGCCAUGGAAACUUUAAGUGUCUCUAAAGCCACUAUUUUAUUCUGUAGGAAUUAGGCUUGCUUUUUUUAUUAUUCUGCUCGUAAACUAAUUACUCGUUUUCUUUUAUAGCCGCAAAAACACAAUAAUUCUGCGAACAGCCCUCUCUGUUCGAGUACACAACUGUAUAGGUAAGCCUAGUAAAAUUAAACCUACCGCAAAAGAUGGCUUCAAAAUGUUUCUGUUCGUUACCUUCAAAAUGUCCAUUUGCACCUUUUAGCUGUACAUGGACGCAUAUUUUGAAAAAAAUUGUAGCCAUUGCGUGUAGAGAACGGGGACGAGGAAUUUUAAUUUAAAUAGAGUCUAAUAAUAUUAAACUAGCUGUCUGAUCCUUUUCGAAUUUUAUCAAGCACAUACAAAAGCCUUGCCAACUGUUCCAAAACUAAGUUAUUUGUUAUGAGUGAAAGUCUCUUUAAGAUUUGUUGAAUACUUAGAUAUAACGUUUAGAGUUUGCCGUUUUGGCUUUUGGUCAGGUAACAACGCGAAAUCUCUGCAAGGCGCUAGGUUACUUCGCUAAUGAUUGCUUGCCGUUUGUACUGCAUGCUGGCAUUUGAAGUAGCUAGGUUAUGUUACUGUUUGCCCGCUUAUUUGGGUCAAUAAGUCAACAGACGGCUAGUUAGAAUUUUGCGAUUUCCGUUGUCUUCUCUGAGCUUUCGAAUAGUACAAACAAAUAAAACCUAAAACAAUCUUGUUGUUAGUCAAGCCGGUAACUUCCAAUCUUUGACGGGAAGUUUUCACCUAGCGCGUUACGUUUUUCAAGGGUAAUUUGCAUAAAAAUAGGUUUGUAAUCUCCGCUUGGAGCACUGAUCAGUUUACUCGCGGGAUAUUUACUUUGAAUGAUCUGUAUGGCUCCUGUGCGUGAGAUGUGAUUGUUCGUGACUUCAUUUCUUCCCUAGCGAGUUUCAAAGGCACGUUUGGUCAAAGCACUGUGAAUGAACAGCAAGACCCAAAUAACGUACGGGGUUGAUUUCGUGUUGUCCGUUUCAGGGUCAUGCUGAUUUCACCUUAAUGGUUGAGCUCAUUCUUUAAAGUGAACUUUUGAUGACUCAUCGCGAGAAAUUUAGUCACAACACCAUUUUUAGUCAAAGACUCCAUUUUUGCUAUCUCCUGUUUGUAUGCUUUUGUGGCAAGGCAGACCAUUUUCGGGUCCUGUUUUGAAUAGACUUUCUUUUGGUGAUUAUUCAUGCGAGACAUGACUGACGAUGAAUAACUGUGGGCCUUAUUUGUCCUGGAAACAGUGUAUUGUUGUUCAUGCGUGUGUGUGGAAUUGGUGAAAAUUUUUUCUUGUAUUACCAAUCUUUCGCUGUCAUCAAGUGGUCAUGAAUAAUUGUAAGACAAACCAAAAGCUUUCAAGUUCGUUAAGGAAACUGAUUGAAAAUGGAACGCAUCAGUUGAUUAUUUUCAUAUUUUGUUGCUUCCGGUCUUUUGUAGAAUGAAAUAUUCCUCUCAGUAAGCCUACUCAAAAUGCUAGUUUUUGACAGAGGGUAAGGAAAGCCAGUGCAAACUAGUCAAAUCUACGCAAGUUUUUGUUACUAAUAAAAAAAGAGCGAUCUCUUCAAUUUCACUGAUCAAAAAAAAAUUCAGAAAACAGUAGAAUCGUUAUUUUGAGAGAAUUUUAAAAAGAAUGUUUAAUUCAACCCUUUCUGGGGGAAAAAUUAUGGAAUUAUUGUGUUUUGUUCAGAACUGUGUACAUGGCUGGAGAAUUUUUCUAAUCAUCUAGUGUCUCAGUAUUAAAGUAAAAAGUCUUUUCUUUUGAUGUGGCCUGAAGAUGUUGGGAACCCAAAAAAUACUGGUAAUAUUAACUGAAUAAAGGCAGAUUAUUUUUAACUUGACACAAUUUUAUAUAAAAGAUCUAUUCUUAGAUAAGUUUUCUAAAAACACUUUGGUAGUUUCCUGUAUAGAAAAUACUCAACUGACAAAGCUUUGCACCCUGAAUUAAUGGUGCAGUUGUACAGAAUAUUUUGGAAAAUUAGCCUGUAAAAAGAUCACAAUAAAUUCCCUAAAAUGUGAAAUAUAUUUGAAAGAUGAGACAAAACUGAUGGAGGAACACAUUCUAAAAAAAAUUUUCAAAAUGUCUGGAAAUUAAAGUAAUUACCACAAAAGGUUAAAGUAUAUACAUGUGAAGAAUUAAGAAAGUUUUCAAAACAUGUCAACUAUCAUAGUUUUCAUGCUCUGUCUAAUUUACGCUAAAGAAAAGUGGAAAAUUGAUUUGUGUUUUAGUUAUUAUAUGAAAAGUAUUCUGUCUAUGUUUGUGAAAAUUAGGAGUGCUAUCCUAGGUAUGGAGCCUAUGUUUCAUAAAUAAGAAAUUUGCAAAACAACAUAAAAGCAUGCUUUUUCUAUCAUAAAAAAGUGUGGAGAUUACUGAAACAUGCAAAAAGGAGAAAUGUAUGGACUAAACAUGCAAGUAACCAGUUUCCGUAAACUUCUAAUUUUGGAGGGAUGGGGAGGCAGUGUGACAAAACAGCAAUGUUUGAAAAUAAAUGUCUCAUUGGCAUAUCAAAAUGAAAGUACUAUUUUAAUCAUGGGUUUGUUUUUAGGGCUGUCAUUGACAUCUAGGAGGGGGGGGGUCAGUGGUUUCCCCCACUAUGAGAAAUGUGAUCCCUAGCUACUUUCAUACGAAAAUUGAGGAAAAGUUAAACCUAUAGAAAUUCCUAGUUGUUUGAUUAACCGGCUACUUGUUAUAUGUACCUGGCAACUCAAAAUCUUAGUGACAGCACUGUAUUUGUUUCUUUCAAAAUUAAUAUUGAUGAUUUAGUUAUUCUGUUUAUAAUAAUAAUUAACAUUAGCCAGAAAUGUGUACUACAAAAUUUUUACAUAAACGUAGUGAGUUAGAUUGGUUCGAGCGCCAGCUUGGACAAUGUCAAUCACCUUAUUCUAUCAUUGUCAUUCUGAGUUCUCUGAUACCAGCGAACCCAGUAUCCACAAGAAGUGUAUGUUUGAAUGUGGUGUUAGGUUGUCCUUUCUUAGAUUGUCGUCAUAAUUAAUAUUUUGUUGUACAUUAAAUUAUUAUGUUAUAUAAAUAUUGAUAACAUGCAAAUGCUGUGUAAUCCACAAUAUAAAAAGAAGGCAUCAGUUAACAUCUGCUGUGUUAUACAAAUUACCAAAAUCAGUGUCUGCAAAUUUAAACAUUUGCAGCAGUGUCCAGGUAUGAUUUUUUUAUGUCAGUGGAUUUCAGCAUUUUUUUCUUCUGCAUUUUUUUUUUAAACCAAUUAAGUGUUUUCAGGUACUACUGUUAAUCCGAUACAAUGUGGCCUUUUGUUUAAGCUCUCUCUGAAGACACAAUGAAGUAACAUAAUCCUAUUAAUGUCAAUGUUAUUUGGGGAUUUCAACAACAAAGUAGUUUGUAGGUGUCCUUGCCUAUGAUGUUCCAAUCAAAGAGCCAUUUUUAAUUAGUUAAGUAUCAGCAAGAUGAAACAAGGAUGAAUAAAGAUUCACAGUGUGUGAUUUAGCAACAACAAAAAAAACCAACAGUGGUAUGAAAACCAUUACAUUACAUUCAUGAAACCAACCAAUGGAAAAGAUAGACUACAUGUUAGCCCUAUUUUGCUGGUCUUAAUUAAUUAUAGUAAGUAGUUUAUAAGGUGCAAAACAUUAAAACAAAUUUUGUUUUGUCUUCACAAUUUUUUUGAGUAUUCCUUGUCGAUGUUCUCACGGUGUUGUCUUACUUAGGUAAUCCACAAUGUACACAUACAUGGCAUUGUUAAUAAUCCUCUACCAUAAGGGAAUGGGCAUUCCUAAAGAGAACUACCUAUGAAGCUUAAGGGGAAACAUGGGCCAACUGAUACCAUUUACAUCAGGCAUCAUUCGCGUUACAUUGCAUUUUCGACAAUUCUUUAGUAUGCUGUUGCCUAUGAACCACCAAUGAAAUAUUAUUUGUUUGUUUAUAUGUAGUGCCUGUCCCUCUACAUCUCUGACAAAUCUUUACCCAUAAACAGUCUCUCUCAAUUACUAAUGAAUGCUGCCACUAUAAAUUUAACCUUUACCAACCAAACUGUGUGAUAAACCAUCCUUUCUUGUAUUAUUAGAUUCAUGAGUUUAUGUAUUUAUUUUUUACAUUUUUUUUUUCAUGAAAAUGUUUAUGUUAUUAUGAAUGCCCAUGGAGACUCAUGUGAUCAAGGAAACUAGAAAAACAAAUAUAAUAUAAUAAUGUGAAUUACCUAGAAAUCAUUUUCUUUUAUGUAUGUUAAUGGAUUUUAUAGGAAGAGUAACCUGCUUGUACAUUGCAAGCUCGAUAUAAUGAGCUGCCAGAGAUGGGGAUUUAUUUUGUGUUUGUUAUAACAUGGUAUGGUAUGUUGUUGUAGCCUGGGUCAGGGAAUAUCAACUAUACCCCUGAGGUGUUUGUUGUAUAGAGAUUUAAUUUGAAGUUCCACUGUGAUGCAUGUGUGAAGCUGACAGCAAUCAUUUCGAAAGUAACAUUCAACAUGAGUUAACAUGCUCACUUCUAAAUCUUUUUCUCUUACAGCAAAACUGCUUGCUGCUUCAGGCAGAGAGCUUAGAAGGUCUUUAUUUUCCUUGAAGCAAAUCUUUCAGGUAGGGUUCUAUUGUAUGAGGAAAAGAAAGAGGGAAACAUUAUAAGUUAAAAUUAUAACUUUCCAAUGGUGCACAAGUUCCUAUCCUUAUACAUGUGCCAGUGUAUGUGCAGGUAGGUGUCGGUCUUAUGGCUAUGAAUUUGAUGCAAAUUCACAGUGAAAAAUUAUUGGUCUUCCUGGUUCACAAAAAAGAUGCAUAUGUUGUGCUUCAUUUUUAUCCUUGGUUUAAAUUUUAUUGCCCUUGGGGUAUGGUAAUUUAUGAUAAUGAGUUUAAACAAAGGGAAAUAAAAUUUAAGCCAAGGAUAAAAUUGAACCACAACUUAUAGUAUAAAUUAAUUGGUUUCACCCUACAUGGAUGCAUGUGUAGCUAGGACAAGGCACAGAUGAGUUCAAAUGUUGGCAUUUUAACUUUGUCUGUGAACAUUCUACAGGACGACAAGGACCUUGUGCAUGAAUUUGUCAAUUCUGAUGGCUUGAGUGCUCUGAUAUCUGUAGGACAGGAUGCCGACCAAAACUAUCAGAACUACAUCCUCAGAGGUAAUCAAACAAUAAAAAAUUAACGUUUAUUUUUAAUACAAAUACUUAAUUACGUCUUUUCAGGAAGAAUAAAACAAAUAAUUCAAAUGGAACAUAACAUGGUUAAGAAUCCCAACUGGUAGGUGGCAAACCACUUGCCUAUAUUACGAUGGUGGCCAAGGAUUUGAUUUCGGGGCCACUGAGAGUAAUUCCUUCAGCUAGUAGGCAGGUCAGGACUCGAACUCGGGGCCUCUGGAUUACAAGCUCAGCUCUAUAACCACUUAGCCGCGCUUCUUCCUUUUCAUAAGGAAACAUUAUAUUUUGUUGUUAUUUAUAUAUGGUGUGUACGGUUAUUGCCUGCGGUUUAUCGGCUGAUUAAUGAUUAUAGGGCUUAUGCUAGAAUCAAAAUAAUGUUUCACAUAUAUCCAAGACUGUGUUGUCACAGUGUCUCUAACAGUUCCUGGGGUCCUUAGCUGACUAACGUUUACCAUUUGGGCAAGUGGAAAAACAUACUGUGUUCCUGGGUACACAGGAUUGCAUUUCUGGGAGCUUUAGCAGGGCUUCUCUCUGGUUAGUCUAAUAGCACCUCCACAUGUGCAUGGGGUACAAUUCAGCAAUUUAUUGUCCAUCUGGAUACAUCUCUGUGUCAAAGUUGUCAUUUAUUAAUCUCUUUUUCUUGGCUUUAACAACAAAAUAUUUAAUCUUGCCUGGGCUUUUUGAAAACACUAAGUUCUGUUUUCAAGAUGCAGGUGGGAGAAAUAAACAUUUGAGAUGAUGAUUUCAAAUAUGACAAUGAUGAAAUUAUUGUUUACAGCCAUUGGACAGAUUAUGUUGUAUGUGGAUGGAAUGAAUGGUGUUAUUAACCACAGUGAUACUAUCCAGUGGCUUUAUUCCCUCACAGCCUCCAGAGUAAGUAAUUAUAUAUACUAACCUCAGUUUUAAUUAUUCUUUAAAAUUUUAGUCAAAGUUGUUAUCAGUUUUAUCAGUGAACAUGUUAAUAACUCACAACGGUCGACAUGUUCCAGGUAAAAAUUAAUGUGAUUUCAGGUUAAUUUUGAUUUAACAUAGGUUGAUUUUAGGUUAGAAAUUGGGAAUUAACCUACCGGUAGGUUGAAAAAUUUUAACCUGAAAUCAUAUUAAUCUGUAACAUUCAUAUGCAUUUUUGUGAAUGAGCAAAACAGCGGACUAAGACAAAGUUAGGGUCAAUGAAAACACAAAAAUGAAUGAGGCUAAUAUCAAGCCAUCUUGACUGAAUAAGAUAGUGCAACCAAUCCAAGAUCCUCCUGCAAUGUUGACUAGAAACGGAAACUGCUGACUGUUUAGUUCUAAACUUUUUUGCUUUUUGUCUUUUUCUGUUGUGUAAGCUGCUGCGAGCCACUGAUUGGUCCUGUCUAGGUGUCAAAUGUUGUAAUUUUUUUCUAUAUUUGAACGACACUGUAAAUACAAGUACUUCCCCUUCUUGGCUAUUUUUCACCGUAGAGUGUUACUAAAAAAAUGCAGGAAAUCCUGAUGGGGCAAGAUGUUUCCUCCUGGAAAUUUUGCAUAAUUUGCUUGUGUUAUUCACACUCUACCAGAAGGCCUGUAAGGAGGUUUGACAGUUAUAAACUCAACUCUCUUUGAAGGGAAACCUCCUACAAUGGACACCUAGAAUUGGUCAGUGCUAUUUGCCAGUCCUUUUCUUUCACUCCCUGUAGUAAGGCACCUAUGCAAGAGGUAUGCAUAAUCCCAGGUCCAAUGAUCCACUUCAUAGAGAAUGGACUGUAGUUUAAGAUCUUAAUGCCUAAAAAUCAAACCAGAGCAUUUGAGUCAUGGAGUAGGUUCACUGUUAAUGUGAAACUCUGUUUUCUUGUCUUCAGUUUCGACUUGUGGGAAAGACAGCUCUGAAACUUCUUCUGGUCUUUGUGGAGUAUACAGAAUCUAACUCAAAGGUGUUGUAUGAUGCAGUUCAAACAGUGGAUAGUAAUCAAGGUAUGCUAAAUAGAUAUUUUUCUUGAUUAUUAUUCUCCAUUAUCCCCUGUCUUAAAAAUUUAAUGUGGCUAAAUAUCAUUUAGGCAAAGUUAAACUCGAGUGAGUUGGCCAGCGGUCUUCUCCCACUCCAGUACAUGACCUACAGGUCAGCCCUCGGUGAAUUGCAGGGCUCCUUGUGUGCUCUUUUGCUAGUGUUGCCUUGCAUUGUAAAUUUGCUUGCUGAUCGUAGCGGAUCAAUUUUUGCCUUCUUGUGAAUCAUUGUGGAUUCUUGCUCCCUCUCCUCCCUCCCUGCUUGGUGGUUUCGUAAGUAUUUUCUCAGAUUAGUGUUCUCUUAUGUAAGUAUCUCCACUGUAUUUCAUUCAGUGUGACGUUGCCGGUUAGUGGCCACUCUUGGGGUGGUUCCCGCUUCCAGGGUUGCCAUGGAUAUCCCCUCUCUACUUAUUGCAUUUGGCCCCCCACUAACCUUUAAGGCACCUGCUCCCAAGCUCAUCAUUAACGAUGAGUUUUAUUCCAAAUAAUGAAAAUCCUAUUAAAGUGAGCAGUGGUCAUACUAACGGGGUUUUCUUCUUAUUGCUGUGAAACAUGUAAUUUGUUGGUAGGCUGGCAUUUGCCAAUAAUCAGCCUGGAGUUUGUCAACAAUGGACCAUUGCUAUCCAUCUUGUUAGUAACCAUUUGGACUUUUUUGCCAACUUGGAACCUUGCACCAGUUAUUAAUGUCUGCAAAGCCAUGCAGAUAUCCUUGUUCAAGACCCCUAUGGAUGCAAUGAAAUACUAGAAGUGUGUUUCGAAUUUCUGUUCAACCUGAUUGGCAAAUUGACAAUGGCUUUUUUAACAGGCCAAUCAUGACACAUACUCAAAUCCUUGUACACAGGUGGGGGCCCAAGGAAAAAGGAUUUCGGCGCUGUUUAACAGACGGACUUAACCAGAGUUUAGUUUCAUGUGUGGCGCAGAUUAGUUGCACUAUGGAUUGUUAACAUUUCUUGCUCCUGUUGCUUGUUUUUUAACUGAAAGGGCUCUUUGUAUCUUAAUAGGUGUCAAGGACUGGCAAGAAAUCGUAGGAAUAAUGACAGACAAAGAAUCACAGGCUGAUGAGGAGAUUCUCAUUUAUGCUAUGACACUCAUUAAUAAGGUAAGAUCAAAGCUUCAUCAUAAUUUUGUUGUGAGAAAAAAAUGGUCUUUGGUUAGAACACCUCAUUCCAGUGAAAGAAAGUUUGUAUUAAUUGGAAAUCCUGGUUUUCAUUUUGCCUGUCCAAUCAAAAUAACUGGAAAGUUCUUUGUAUUUUUUUAAGCCACACUCAGCAACACUAGUUCUGAGAUGACCAUGGUUAUGAGUAGAUCACUUGGGUGGUACAAAUAAUUAUACUUUGAUUAUAUUGGAGCCUCUGAGGUCCUUGCAUUGAAGGUCAUAUUCUGUUUAACAUGUUUAUUGUUAAUGGAUUUGAUCAUUAAUAUCAUUCAUUUCAGGUUCUAUAUGCCACCCCAAGUCAAGAUGGAUUUUAUGACAUAACAGAUGCACUUGAAGAACAGGGGAUGGAGCAGAUUAUCAAGGUAAAAUUUAUGAGCAAAUUUAGAGCGGAACCAACGGUCUAUGCGCCUCACCCCCCACCCACUCUCAACACAGCUCUUCUUGAAAAUUUAUGUUUCAGUUGUAAAUAGUUUUAAGCAAAACGUAUCUUCUAAAACGUUAAUUUCUGGUCACUUCUGCUCUCCACUACCAACGUGAUACAUCAAAGCCAUAUGCCAACCAAAAGUAUCGUUUAACAAGAAGAAAAAGAAGUUUACCGGUAAUUUUUUGGUCACAUACAAUGUAUGCUUUCAGAUGCAUCAGAAGAAAGCAGGGACAAAUAUUGAUUUGAUGGAGCAGUUUAAUAUUUAUGAGGUAAGUGUUCAUAUGUAGAUGUUCUGUUGAUGGGAAUAAUGACCUUUUUGCACCACGCAAUAUUAGUUUUAUAACUAGGGUUCUGAUUUUUUUUAUUAUCAUGUUAUUCAAACCUUUUUUAGUCAACACAUUGUUGUAGUCAACUGUGGUGUUAAAAGUUUGUUUCAAACUUUUUUUGCAAUCAGUAUUGAACGUAUCAAAAGAGAUGAGAUGGAAUAGAAGAAAUAAACAGAAAAGUAAAAUGAUGAUGAUGAUGAUGAUGAUUUCAAUUCCAUCUUCUGUUUCACGGUUACACCCAGCAAUCGAGAGUCGCGUUUACGGCAAACGGCAAACGUGAAUUUGUACCAGAAGACUAAGUUUUCCCUUUACGCAUCGUUUACCGUUCAUUACUCCUUUUCAAAAAUGAUUAGUUUCACGCCAGUUUUAUCCUUAAAAACUGUUUUGGACAGUUUUUAUCUGCUCAAUUGCUAUUUAGAGAAAUUCUCAACUUGAAAGUGACGUUUGCCAUUUGCCGUAGACGUGACCCUAAAUUUCUCGAAUAUCAUCAUAGCUUGAGGUACUAGUCCACGUGCAUGUCACUAACAUACGCCCUAAUGUAGUUUGUACUUUGUUUAUUUUAAGACGGCCCUCCGGAUUGAGGAUGGCGAUGAGGAAUUUCCUGCCUUUGGAAGCUCACCUUCAAUAAGGUAUUGCAUUAACUUCAAGUUAUAGCAAAGGUAUAACCCUUUUGAUUUUAGACCAUGUUAUGGCACCACGCAAUACUAAGUGGUGUUUAAGUCAAGAGCUGCCAAUCAACAGUCAUCGAGUGCUACGUUGCUACACCAUGGUGAUCUUAAAGGAUUGCACCUUAAUGACAUAUUUUGGGUGGUUCAAUUUUUUGUAAAGAUUUCAUGCCAGACAUCUUGAUUUCCACGAAAUAGCUAAAGUACCAUAGUUAUCAUGCGCUCUUUACAAUAUUUGUUACAUACUUUUUUGCUUCUAUGAAGACCAGCCACUUUAAACAAUGAUUAGCUUGUAUGCAGAAGUAUCUAAAAGUUUUGUCACAAAAAAGAUAGUCUUUGUUGCCUUUUAGCAUAUCCCAUUAUUACUCACACGUUAGAAAAUGUUUUUCAGACAACACAUUGCACAUUCCAUCCUCGCGCGCAAAUGAUUGCUUCAUUAGUGCUAACAAAUGACUUCUCUCCUUAGACAAAGAAAGAGAACAGCGGCGUUUGGCACAGGUAAUAAACUUAGAAGGCAAACAAGUGUUGUUUUCCAAAAUCGUUAUUGAUCAGGAAAAGUAAAGUAAGACUAAAUUUAUUUUUAAAAAAAGUCUCGUUGGCCUUGAUUUCAGGCUCUCAGAUCCUGAAAAAAAAUGCUCUGCUGGAGUUGUGUUGUAGUUUUAUUCAGUUCGGUACUGGUAGUAAGCACACACUUCUGCUUAUACUUGGCUGUUCUGCCUUAUAAACGCCCUAAGGAUCGUACCAAUCAACCCAGAAUCUGAGGUCUGGCACUUAGGGAUAAUUUAUUUGUACCUUUUCGGUGCAGGAAUGUCUCAUUAGCGGCGUUAACACUCGUCCUGGUUGUUUAAAAGAUCAAUGAUGCGAUCAACCAAGAAUAUACAUGAAAUACGUUGAGAGGUUAUAGACCCUUUAAAAGGAAGGAUGGCAAUCAUGAGGAUUCCUGUAGUUUUCCUUUGAAAUGCUUGCAAUGCCCUUCUCCCUUUCUCUAAAAGUGCACAGAAGAUUACUUAACAAUUGUCUAAGACAAUGUUCACGUUGAACUUCGCAGGCGACAGAAGGCGUAGUCGGAGGCAUAACUCCAUCAGCCAGAUCGAUGUUUCAUACAUCACAAAAGGCAGUCAUUUAGCACCGCCUGGUGCUCAAAGUCGAGAUGGCUUACACAAGGUAGCAAGUGCUCCAAAUGUGGGAACAGCGGUGAAAGUAGAACCCCCCGCGUCGCCUGUUAAGACAUCAGCUAGUACCACUCCAUCUUCUUCAACAGAAAGUGAAAUCGACGAGAAAGAAAGAAGUCGGUUGGCAAGGAAGUAUGUAGUGCACACACACACAAAUAAUUAUUGUAAUUGCAAGCUCGAUUUUUGUGCCAUUUUUAUGGUCUCAAGCGCUUGAAAAUCCAACUGAACUUAAGUGUUUGUGUUCAUGGUCUUGCCAGAUGGUUCUACCCCAGUACAUAAAAGCUGUUAGCAAGGCGUCUUUGGCUUAGAAAGGGUGCGAACCUUUAAAAUGUUGUACCAGCGGAAAAAACAUAAACAAAAACAUCAUUUUGCGGGUUACUCAAGCUGCCUGGAGUGAGUGACCGCGGCGGACUGCGCAAAGAGAUCAACGCAGCCUAACUACGGCUUUUACGCAAAACUUCCUAACAAAUUAUUCUGAAAUUAAGGUUGAAGAGCUGAAAAAAAAAUUAUUUUUUACAGGGAGCGUCGCGCUGCUAGACGAGCCGCUCUUGGAUUAACUGAACCCGAAACGAACGAAUCUACAAAUUCUAGGAAGAACGAAAGAACUACUAGGAAAAGAGCGGAUAGUAAAGGCAGCAAUAAUGAUAGAGGUCAUUUAGAGGUAACUUCACCAGUUAAUGACAGUCGACCCCUCUCACCGCGCUCAUCACCACGCCCAUCACCUCGGAGCUCCCCAAGAUCUUCCCCGACUCAACGAAGAAAGUUCAAGUUUGAGGAACCCAAAACAGAAGGUGAGUGCGGAGUAGAGUGAAUCCGUUCGCUUUAGGCAAGACGUUUCUUCAUGUAAGUAGGUUUCUAUGCUUUAAUUGUUGUGACGGCCCUGCAGAGACGGCUUCGUGUUUGACCUUAUUUUAUGGAGUGGUUUCAAAUGAUUAUGGAUAGAAGUACUUCACGCUUGCUUUGGUUUAAUACUUCGCUUCGCUUUCUCGUCCUCUCUGUGUUAGAAAUCCGCUUGAGGCCUGCCUGGCCCCGCUUGUUCAAAAUUUGUUGAACCAUUUUAAUCGGUGAAAUCAUUAUGCAGUGGAUAUGUGUCAGGAAAACCAAUGAUAGCACUUACACCUUUUAGAGCGCUUUUCAAUUGAGUGUCGAAAGCCAAAACCAAAGUAAUCACAAUGGCCAAUCAGAGUAAAGGAAAUUAUCAGAGGGAGCCAAUGGCAACUCGAAGUAAACGCGUGUAACCGUCCUGUAGUGCGGGAAAACGCGAGUGACCAAGGAGCGAUUGGUUUUAGUUUACAUCUGAUUGGCUGAGAGGGUGGCGCGAGUUUUCUAGGCCAAUCAAACAGCACAGUAAAGCAAAACCAAUUCAAUCCUGGGUUACUUUCAACACUCAAUUGAAAAUUGCUCUAACUGGUUGUAAAUUAUAACAUAAGAACUAAGAAGAUAUGCUGAACAAAAAAAAUACAAAGUGAAAGGAGUCAGAUAAAUAAGAGUGAUGCAACAUGUAAUGUUGAAACCUAGUUGCAACAUUAGAUAAUCCUUAUAUAAGAAAAGGAAAAAAGCAGCCACGAGUAAACUGUUGGGCGUCAAGCGGUGUGAAAUUUACAAGGAGGGGUUUAUAAAGGGUCUAAUGAUCCCAGUGGGAACUAAACAAAACAAUGUAAUCAAAUAAAAGUUUAGAAAAACAUUUUUCUUAGUCUUCGUCACAGUCAUCAUCAUCAUCAUCGUCGUCAACAUCAUGAUUGUCUUCAUAGUGCAGUGUCAUAGCACUAAGAGUUAAUAAUCGUAUUCAAUCGGUCGACUCAUUCAUUUCACUGUCUCUUGGCUUGUUUUUUAGAGAGACUAAACGACCGGUCAAGAGGAAGUAGAGAGGAACAACUACGAUCACCUGAAGACUGUACAAAACUGCGGAAGACUUCAGGGACGUCAGCUCGAAAGAAUGACAACUCGGAGAUAAGAGAUGAAAAAACUUCACCCAGGAAAAAAGAAAUGUCUGUUACAGCAGUUAGUAGGAAAAAGACCCCUGAGGUUAAGAAAGAAGACAAAGAACCUUUGUUCAAUAAUAUAGACCACAACGGGUCAUCUGGUCAUAGAACUAGCGAUGAAAGUACAGACACCGAUGAAAAACUCGGUUCAAGUACCGAUGAUUUAUUAAACGACGACAAUGCGACAAAUAAAAGAAUUGCCGAAGAAAACGAAAAAAGGUCGAGCUCGCCUGAGAGAAGGACUAGUGUAAGCCCAGGUUCUGGUAAUGAUAACCGGCGUACAAGUGUUUCGGAUCCUGAAAAACGUUCGAGUGUUUGUGAAGGCUUUCCAGGGUUUCCAAACAAGAAAAUGAUGUUAUCGAUGCUUUACGGACAACAAAAAUCGACGGACGAAUCGGACCGUAAAAUUAGUGAUCCGAGUUUGCAAGUAGGUGACUCUGUUCAUGAGCGAAAGCAACAAUUGUUAUCUGUUGGAGACAAUGAUGAAGGAGAUCAGAAACCGAUGGAAACGCUGGCCGUUGAAAAUUUAGUUUCUGAUGCGGUGAAAAGGUUGAGCGGAUGUCCUGAGGUGGACGAAGAAAACGAAGGACCGUCAAGUGUUCCUGAGGGUGAUUUUGAAGGAUUGUUAGAUAAGGCAAAGGCUAAAUUAAUGAAGCAACCGUCUGAUGAUAAACCAGACCCGGCCGCAGAGGAGGAAGCCAGACGCCAGGAAGAACUUCGGAGGAGGCAAGAAGAGGAACGCCGUAAACAGGAAGAAGAAGCCGCAAGGAAGGCGGCGGAAGAAGCGACGCGUUUAAAAGAGCUUGAAUGGGAGAGAAUGAUAGUCCUAAAACGUAAACUCAUUGUAAAUGACUUUAAUUUCACCGAGUUAGAAAACGAUGAAGACGAUCUUCUUGAUUCUGCAUCUACUGAUGAAACUGAUGCACAUCACCACCCCCAUGGGGGAGUUCCGGUGUUUGGAAUUCCUCCCCCACCUCCUAUGCCUGGCGGUCCUCCCCCACCUCCCCCACCCCCUGGUGGUGUAGGUCCGCCUCCCCCUCCGCCCGGACCACCAAAAUUGCCUUCAUUGAAUGAUGCUAAUCCAAAGAAAAAGUUAGUUCGUUUGUUUUGGCAAGAGGUGAAAAACUCGCCGCUUAUAAAUGGCGUAAACAAGACAAUUUGGGGAAGUAUUGACACUGUGGAUAUUGAUACCAAGAAACUUGAACAUUUGUUUGAGAACAAAACUGUUUCAAAGAUUAAGGUAAGAGCAUUUGCCGUCAUUUUUGAUUUGUUCUGACUUAGUGGGAGGCUAAGGUCCGUUUUAGGCGUCAAAUUUCGCACCUUCCGAACGUAGUGUAAGUACUUAAGAAAAGGUGUUUUUUAGCGACGCACCUAGCACUUUACGCUUUUAUUAUGCAUUGAUGCUACCAAAUUUGCAUUGCUAAGCGUCUCUACUUUAAAAGAAACGGUUUGCCCAAUCAUUUUGACAAAAUCACUGCCCAAGAAAGCAAAAAGUCCACCUCCGUUGACGUGCGUCGCUCAAAAACGUCUUUGCUUAGGCUCACUAAUGACAUAGAUGAAUGGACUUAGGACGUAAGCAUUAGAAAAGGAGCAUUUUCGACGUCAAAAAAGGACCUAAAACUUGCUUUCCAAGGAACCCUUGCUAACUUAGUUUUGAUAACUUAUCUUUUAUUUAUUUAUUUGUUUAUCUUAUGAAUAGCUGUAUCCAGUUUUUGAACAACUACUGCCUGGACAACAAGGCGACGCACUUUCCACCUGGAGGUCUCGGUUCGAACCGUGCCGCUCCCGAGGCGUUUUUUCUUUGGGCGCUUUCCAUUUGUCAGAACCGACCGGCCAGCCCAUUCCCAUGACAUCGUAAUAAGAAUUUCACUUUUAAUCAAACUAACUAUCCAGAUCAGUCAAAUCCUAAACGUUAUGCACUAAGGUGAUGGUUUUUCAGCAAAACCUCUUGCAAAAAACCUAUUUCAUUGCCAAAAUGUCUGGUCUGGCCAUGGUCCGGCCGGCCAGUUCUGACUUUUGGAAAGCGUCCGUAGACUCUGUUUUCUAAAGUCCACGAAUGGGUAUUGGUGACAUUCCUGGGUUAAACUCAGCAUCCCAUCCGAGGGGUGGUAAUAGGCUUAGCCUGGGACCAGGCUAUAACAGGCUGAAUUAGCAAAAACAACUCAACGCCAAAUGAGAACUCGAAAGCGCUCUGAAAGGACUGAACGCGACUUCCGGUGUUAAAAUUGCCGGUCUGCUAUUGGUCAAGUUGGUGUCCAUGUUGGCUUUGCUAAAGCUGCGUAAUAUUUCCACAAGGUGCUUCAUGGCACGAAAGAUUCGUGGCUUGUGCUAGGCGUUGUACAAGUCUAACUCUCACCCUCGUGGUCAAUGAGUAAUGUAUUCUGUACCAUUUGGGUCGACUUCCGGGCAGGUGGCUAAAAGAUUUAUUGAAACACUUUUUUCUUUUUUUAUUCCGUUGUAGAAGUGUGAAAUAGAAGACAAAGACAAGAAAAAGGAGAUAGUCGUGCUUGAAAUGAAACGCUCCCAAGCAAUCAACAUUGGUUUGACAAAGCUUCCACCGAUCAGAACAUUGAAGCAAGCUAUCCUAAACAUGGACAAUGCAGUGAUUGACAGAGAGGGAAUUGACGUAAGUACAGCUAGUCGUUAGUCUACAUUGUAGUCUUAUACUCAGACGUUGUUUUGGCUUGUCACGCAGUGCUAAGGAGGAUUGCGUGACGAGCCAUGAAAAUGUUUACGUAAGAUGCUACAGCUGUUCUUGUUGUUGAGAGCUGUCAUAAGCAACCACGACGGCGACAACGGCCAAAUCUUACGUUCAAAAAGAGAAAAAUAAAAUUGCUGUCUUGUGUACGAAAAUAACCCAAGAAUGAUAAAAUGGGAAAGGCCUCACUUCCGUUUGACGUCACUCGUGCGUCGCUUCCAAGUAUAUAGCCUGCAGUGCAGACGUUUUUUUCGGGCGCGCGAAUGUUUUGCUCGCGGGAGCGCCAUGUUGAAACUCGAAAGUGAGAGGAGAAAAUGGAGGGAAUUUUUUUUCCCCCCUCCCCCUCUCCCCUUUCCUUCUUUCGCUCUAGCACCUACCCUAAGGGUUACUAUUCUUACUGUCCCUAAUCUUCCACCGUCAUAACAUCAUAGAUGGCGGUUACAACAGUACGAACAUAAAGAAGCAGCUCUCGCCCGCCCAAAAUACGCCUACACUGCAGGCUACCAAGUAUAUUAAUGACCCUUCCCUGUAUAAGCCUUCAUUGCAGUCACCAACUGUCCUUUUUUAAAAAAAACUCCAUUCACGCAGACGAUCAAUGCGAGAAUAACAAAAGUAAAUAUCAUGAGGUAUUCGCAACACGUUUUUGUUUCUUUUGACUUCAGAUAGAUUUUGAUGGUUUGCGAUUUUUUUGGCUUGUUUCAGAAAUUGCUUCAGCUGCAGCCAACAAUGGAAGAAAAAACCAAGAUACAGGAAGCGCAGAUGUCAAAUCCAGACAUUCCUCUGGGAACAGCAGAACAAUUUUUGUUGACCAUGUCCUCUAUUAACGAGUUAACUCCACGCCUUCACUUGUGGUCCUUUAAACUGGAUUAUGACCAGCUUGAAAGGGUGAGGCUGUAAACAGUUUGGUAGAUUUUGGCCUUGUUUAUGUGGUACCCCCCCCCUCCCCCCUCCACUCGCUAUUCGUGGGGAGCAAGUUGUCGCAGUGGCGAGAGCGAUCGCCUUUCACUCAUUUGGCCCAAUCGUGCUUUCCCCUGCCCUCAAAACAAAUUCCAAUUCGAUAUGGAACGCUCGCAAACAUUAAAACGGGUUUUUGAGUGUUUUCCCGAUUUCGUUUACUUGAGAAAUGUAAUCACUCUAGAAGAAGGGUGUACCGAAAUAGGUUUUACUUUCCUGUGAGGGUGAUGUAGCGGGAUCAGGUUACAUCAAAAAUAAAAUGGAAAAGUUGUCUACGCAAGUGGGUUGGUGCGAACGGGACACAAAGGCUCCCGCGGGGUAAAAUAUGGGUAUAAUAUAAAUACUUUAUUUAUACUGCAAAAAUAGAUCAGCUGAGUAUGAAAAAACAGCUGGUAUAAACCUAUGUGCAGUAAUAAAAUAUUUCGAGAUUAAAAAGAAAACUGAAACAAUAGUAAUACAUGGAAACUACGGAAAAUUCCGGGUUAAAAGUAUAAGAUCUGUAGCAGGAACAGGUUUUUACAAGCUUCCAAGUACAUGGUGUUAAAAGUUGAUUGUAAAUGGUCACAGAAAGUUUUUUUAAAAAACAGAGUGCUGGAAAGACUGAGGACCAGAGAAACUUUUAAGAGGAGCCAAACUGCAAGUGCAGUUCCACAAUUCAACUAUGUGAUUAAAGUGCAAGGCCUGAAAGGUGUUAAAUUAAUAGGGGACAACCUUUCUUCAGUUGUGAGAAAGACAAGUUCAGACCGGCUUAUAAUCAGUUAUCUCGGCACACGUUUCUUCUAUUACACAUGCGCACAUUUCACCCUCUUUUUAUUCGUGCGAGCUUAUCGUCGGACGAAGGCAUUGGAGGCUUGUUGGCAGAGAGAAUAUCUUUAUACUCAUGAGUAACAAAACGUUUCUAUUUUCGUAGGAAGUAGCAGAACCGCUUAUGGACCUAAAAGAAUCUAUACGGGAAUUGCAGAACAAUGAAACUUUUAAGCACAUCUUGGCAACUCUUCUGGCCAUUGGAAACUUUCUUAACGGGAAGAAGGUUCGUGCAUCAACCAUAGUUACAGCUACAUAUUCUUACGAUACCUUCUGUUACCAGUGUAGAGCUUGGAAGGUCAAAUAGGGCGAUUCUUAAGAGAUUUGUUUUAUUAUUUAAAAUUUCUAAGUAAUGACCCUAUUAUUUUCUAUGGACCAAUGAGACAAAAGGGCGAAAAAGUCAUUGUGCUUAAUCCACCAAACAAAACCCAAUCAUAUCCUAGGAAUUUAUUAUUGUUUUUACAAAAAGCAUUGGUGUGCCAGAUUAGUAAUGUGAUUUUUGACUUACGUCAUCAGUAUGGAAUUUGCGAGGCCAAAACGGUUGCUGAGAUCGCGGUUCGAGCAAUUGAUAUCUCAGUUAGAAGAUCAGCUCGUCUUCUCAUAUAAACACACCGAAAUCGUGAGAGCACAUACGGCAUGAGCCGAGCCAACGACCUGGCUAACUAACUAACUCUAAAGAAAUGCGAACUAAUCAGAAAGGCCGUUGUAUUUCAGGUAAAGGGUUUUCAGUUGGACUACCUGGCAAAGGUGCCGGAAGUGAAGGACACUGUACACAAGCAAUCAUUAUUAUAUCACUUGUGCUGUAUGGUGAUGGAGAAGUUUCCAAACUCUUCUGAUUUUUACAGUGAUUUGGGCGCCUUACAUCGAUCGUCCAGGGUAAUGUGGAUGUUCAGUCCUAGUAAUAUAAUCGUUUAUUAUUUAAAGAUGAAGUGCAAUGAUUCACUACGGAACCACGAAUUUUGCCAGCAGGUUAAAAGUUCAAAAUGUUGGAAAUUCCUUCAGGGAAUUUGUUUUUGCAAAACAGAAGUAGAGACAGAAAAGUAGUAAACAUAACGAUCGAAUGAGAUUUAAUUGGAACUAUGAUCUAUUUUUAGGAUCGUGUGGCUUUUUUCUGCGCGCUUCACUUAAUCUUGAAGUUUAGUGAUAUAAAGUAAUACAAUUCUUUUAUUUUAUCCCCCUAGCCUCGCCGCCUGGUACAAUUUUAUGUAUAUCAAGAUUAAUUUAGUGGAUCUUUUUCGUUGGCAUUCUGGUGGCAUUCAAAUUACAGUCAACUCCCGAUAACUCGAACUUUUUUCGAUUUCCCUUGAAGGUUCGAGUUAUCGGGAGUCGACUGUAGUUAAUUGAAUUUUUCUCUUUUUGUUAUGAUUGGCCAGAAUAGUCUCAGGUCCGGUUCAGACGUCGCUCCACUCAUAUAAGUACGGCAAAAGAGCGGCGUCUGAAUCAAUUUGGUGCGGCAAAAAUUCGACAGAGAAGUUUUGUGGAACUUAACUUAGGCUUAGACACACGGUGCGCCGUCUGAAUCAUAUGUCGCGCUAGUGUCGCUCCAAAGUCGAACUUAUUCAGUUAGUUUCGGCACAUCAAAAGUACGGCGUCUGAACCAGGCCUCACUUAACUGUUAACUGGUUUCAGGUGGUCGUUUGUUUGCCUCUUCUGAAAAGCAAAUUUCACUUUUUUUUUAUGACCCCUUUUCUUCCGACGUUAAUCUUUUAAUGAUGAACUUUCAGGUGGAUUUUGACGUCGUACUUGACAACUUAAAGAAGUUACGUGAGAAUUGCAAAAAGUCGUGGGAGUACUUAAGCAUUGUUGCUAAACAUGAUAGCGCCAAACAGUUCAAGAGCAAGUGAGUACCUAACUAACGUGAUCUUAACUUAAAACAACUGUUUUCGUUGCGAGGCGUCUCUGCAGUUGUGCGGGGCGCAAAGGAGGACGGGAUUGUGAAAGAUGUCUUUUGCUUUUGGUUCCUCCUUCCUAAAAUGCCUGGCACAACGCUAGAUUCCAGUCGCUCGCUUGCACCGUCCCGCGCGAUCACGCAAAAACCUUGCAGAGGGUACUAUUCAAUCCAAAUGGGAUUAAAUUAUACUUACAGUAAUGAUAGCCAUAUGCUUUUAUUCUGGACUGGACUUCUGAAGUUUUAUUUUUCCGUAGUUACCCGAGUCGUGCGAACCGGUGCAACCUGUAUGCAGGUUUUAUCAUAGCAAACGCUCGGUGUUGAUUCGACAGGAAUUCAUUCAUACCAUUCCCUGGAUAAAAUCGAAACGUGUUAAUGGAGUUUUAACCUUAUUUUUGGUGCUGAUGGAAAAAGGCAUAGAUUUUUUUCGGUGCUGGUGGAAAAAAGAGCUUAGAUUCUUGUUGAGAAUAUUAAUACUUAAUAUUAUUUCGCAGAAUCGCACCAACAAAUGGGAUAAGCGAAUCAUCUUAUGCGUAAGGAACUAUCAUAUUUGUCAUUUAAAAGGAGUUAGACUAGUGUGAACUUAAUAAUUUAAUUGUUGUUCUUUUGCCAGAAUGAGCGAAUUCUUAGCCGAUGCGCAGGAACGAAGCACGAUUCUCAAGGUCGUCCACAGACGCGUAAUGAACAGGUCAGUGGUCUUACCUAUUUCCGAACAAUGCUCGAAAGAUUCCAAAAGGGCCCGAAAUUUUUCCUGAACGUGUCUCGUGCUUAUACCAGGUCAUUGUUUUAUUUAUUCGUAGAUUCCGCAAGAUGUUGUUGUACUUAGGACUACAGACAAGUGCAGUUAAUAACACAAAGGUAAAUUUAAAUUAAGAAUUAGUUAUACGAAGUGUGAGAGCCCUGUGAACGGAUCCAACAGGUUGAAAGUAGAACCUAGUAACCGCAAAGGUUCCAGAAAACUUUGGCAGCGCAGUUGGUACCCAGUCUCCCUCAAUUUGUGCAGUGGAGAAUACCGUUUUUAUAUUAAUUUUGUUUUUGCCAGGUCAACGAGUUUUGCAAGAUUAUAAGCGAGUUUUCCUUGGAGUACCGAACGACCAGAGAGCGAGUGAUUCAAAUGAAGAAGAAGAAAGAAAACAUGAGGGAGAGAAGCAAAACGAGAGGAAAACUUAUCACGGAAACAGAGGUAACGGCAAACGAUAUUUUUCAAAUUAGUAAUAAGGAAUUGUUCACCCAUGUUGCUGCAAAAUGCUACGGAGCUUAUUAAGUUCUAGUAUUUGUAUAAUCGUUCGGAUCGCCCAAGUCGUCGUGAGACAAUCAUAUGAAAACACCUUGACCUUUGAUGCGAUCCGGGAAAAUUCAGACGGUUGGGUGGUCGCAAGUCUCGUUUCCACCGUUUCGGUUGUCCCAAAAUCUCACACAAUCGAGGCGAUUGUGACGGCCCGGAAGAUUAUUGAAAUAAUCUGUAAAGUUAUUUGACUAUAAAAAUUGAUUUAGUGUUCUUUUCCUUGUUAUACACAGUCCUACUCGGCGGCAGCGAAAGUUUCCUCCGAGGAGAACAUUGACGCUUUCCGCCGAGCGCUUAUCUCUAAUGGAGACGACACGGAUAAUGCAAGAGAAAAGUUAAAAAGCGCAACACUACCCGGACUUCGAAGUAGAGGAAAAAGCGCUGGGCCAUCACGCAACGACACGAUGAUGCAUUCACAAGAUGAAUUCCCCGAUGACAACACAGAUGAAGUCAUUAACACGCUGGCCAAAUCUGCUACUGUACCGGACUCAAGAACACGAGUGCGCAAGCGUAAUAGGGCCACCAAUAGGAAGUCAGGUUAGUGUUAUCAGAAGCGCAUACGGAAAAGUGGCCAAAGUCAGAAUUUCCAAUUAAGAAAUUUCCAAAUUUCUUUUUGUGAAAUACUGAAAACAAAUAACAUUAAGUGAAAGAACUGGCAAGGAGAAUUCGUUUGAAUGGUCACACCGUAGUGUUUCGUCCACAGACUCAAAAGUGAAAACCACCUUACCAGGUUUCAUUCACUAAGUCUGCAGAGCAGGCGCUAUUUGUUCGCGUUUCUCGGGCAAACGAAGCACGAAGCGGGCGUAGAGCGCGAGACACGCGCGACGGGGGAAGGUGCCGAAAAUUUUUCUCUUUGUCUUCCCUGUCGCGUGUGUCUGGCGAUCUUCACUAGCUUCGCGCGUGCCUUCGCUCGCCUGAAUAACGCGAAAAACUAACGCCGCCCUGUUCUACAGGCUGCGUUCAAUCUGAGAGUAACCCUAACCGAAGCCUUUCGUUUGACCGCUCGCGCGUUCUUGGCCCACGGAAAAAUACGGGCUGUUUUGUAGUCUAAGUUAAGACAAACAGCACUUCUUGAUUUUCUCUGAAAAAGGAAAGAAUGUCAGUUGAUUUCAAGGUUCAGCGUUAAUUUUUAUACAACGUUUGUCAUUUGUUCUUGUUGUAGUUCGAAGAACGUUGAAAAGCGGUAUCAGCCCGGAAGACAUGGAAAAACUUACCAAGCAGGUUAAUAUUUUGGAUAGCAAAUGACGCUUGUCGACUUAACUUAAUAUACAGAAUUUAUCGUAAUUAUAUUUUAUACAAAGAAAUAGUUCUAUGUGAUAUUUUAUUCCAAAGAAAGUUUGUUCUAAACAGGCUGGAUGGUCGACUGGCGUGUUCUAUAGUUCCUCAACCCUAAGACCAAAUUUGGGUAUUUGUAAAUAAAUUGUAAUUUUUUAGGACCUUGUAAAUUUAAUGUUUUUCCACGCUGCUUUUGAUACCAAGAAACGGCAGUCGAUUGCCAAAUUUACGGUAUAUUUUAUAGUUACGAAAUUGUUUCUCGUUAGGUAGAGUUUUAACAUGUAAUAUAUUUUUCUCAUCCGGAGGGUUAGAUAAACCUUGGAGUAUUUUGAAAGGCAAUAGAUUCUCGGCUUUCCGGAUUGCAGUUACCCGUGAUUGUGGUGCGAUCAUAUUUGUUUGUUUAACAUCGACGCGCGCAGAUUUUCAAAAGUUUUAACGAUACCAGGCUGUGGUUGUUCAAGGCGAUGAACUCAUCAACCGUCACUCUCUGUAAUUCAUGAAAGACCAAUAUCAAAUUUUAUUUUGUAGCAUGUGAAAAAAAACCCAGUUAUCUGGGCAUAUGAUCAGUUUAAGACACGGAAGUUUUCGUAGGGACUUUUUCACUGGUUAUCGGACGGGGGAGUGCUCAAGAUGACGACAUAUCCACGAUCAGAUAUAACAGCCCAAUUAGCUCCAUUUAUUUCAGCGAAAAAAAAAACUGCCCACCCGUACGAUUUCCUCCAUGUGUGAUUUUGGCGGGGAUGGAACGAAACAGUUUUCUUUGCUAAAACUGAAGCCCGUUUCAAACGUCGAAGUAUGCACGUGUGGAGUUCGACAAACGCUUGAAACGCGCGUUAAUCUGUAUUAGCGCCGUUUUCCGCCAGCGAGCAGCCAAGUCUGGGUGACUAUAAUCAUUUUCUUGGAUUUGUUGUAUACGAUUUAGUAAAUUUUGAAUUUUGAUUGCGUAUUGAAAGUCCUUUGUAAUUUAUUUAUGUCCUUCAAAACAGUUCGUUGUUUCGCUUUAAUACGCGGGUAGCAAGGAUAGUUUAUAGAGGGUAUCUUGUAAUUGUACCACAGGGAAUUCAUUUCAUAUCAUCCAUAUUUAUACCCCCAAGGCUUUUAUUUUGUUAAGUGCAGCAAGGAGACAGUUUAUAUAAAAAAAGUGUAAUCCUUCGCAGUUUGUCUUUAGAGUCAACUUGUGCAAUUUCAUACGGCGAAUAAAGGAGGAGUGCUCGUGAUUUCCUUUCAGUUCGGUUUUCCAAUACCCCGGGGUACUGGAUUUGGGUGGAACAGGAAACACGGGUAAAAUUGGCGGGGAAGAAAGGUUCCGAUAGGCAAUUGCUUUGCCUUUCAUGAAAGUCUCUUCGCUCCACCGAUUUCAGUGCUUUUUUAUCACUCCGACUAAGUGUCUGUGUGUCCGAGGUUGCUUGAGAUUUUGGCUUCUGCAUAAGGAACCAAUAAGCCAUAUUUUAAUGCCCUAUUUACGUCAAACUUGUUGUCAAUUUGUUAUUUAUAUUUUUCAAUAUUUCCGAAACCACAUGAAGAAGCCCUAUAAAAUCUCUGCCGGCAAGGUUUUAAGUCAAGGUUUUAAGUUCUUAACACAAGGGUUCAGUAAAGACUUACCUUAUGUGAGUUGGGACUCUUAGAUAAUCAGCUUUACUCUGUUUUGGUAAUGGACUUGCUGAAUAACGUGAAUAGGCUAUUUCCAUGUUUUGAAACUCCUCACUUUGACUAUGAGGCCGGGUGCAAAACCGAAAUGGUCCGUUCCAUUUGAUUUCUAACCGAAAUUUCCGGAAUUUUGGGCUGAAUCGAAAGCGCCCCCUUUUUUUGGAAAUUGAAGGCAAUCGCUUUGGCCAGUUUUUAAACACAGGCUAUCUUAAAGACCAAUCAGAACUUGUCAAGCGCGAGAAACCACGUGUCAGCAAGUCGCAUUUGAUUGGUUGAGAAAAUGAGGCGAUGUCCUCUUAACCAAUCAUAUAAAAGCUUACUAAAUACUUGAUUGAGACCCGCUCUUUUGAUCCCUCUCUUUAAUAUCAGAGACAAGCUCUGAGUCCCAUUUAACCUUUGAUCGGAAUUUUUUUCUGUAGCGCCGAGCACUUUUUAACAGUUGUUUUCCUCUUGAAAUUUAUGAAAAGUUAUCAUUACACCCAGGGGGGUUUAUGA